AGCCUGAUUCUGUUUCCAAGCAUGAGACUUGUAUCUUUAUGUCAAUUGGUGCAGGCAUUGAUGGACUCAGUGGUCGCGGACAUGGAGGCUUCUCAUCUCUGGUACUGGAUCAUCUCACUGGAACUGUCGCAAAACUGGAGAACCCUAGCGCGGAUGGCGAGCCGCCUGCCACGGUCACUAUGACUGUCGACUAUAAAGCACCUGUCAGAACGCCGUGUAUCAUUCUCUUCAGAUCUUGGCCCAUCGAGAUCAGUGGGAGAAAGUCUUGGCUGAAAGGCGUGGCUGAGGAUGAACAUGGGAAGCCGUAUGCUACUGCGAAGGCAUUAUUCAUCAACCUGAAGACUCCAUAUCAGCCAGCAAAGCUGUGAUUGCGAGGGGAUGGUGCUGUGAAAGUGUUACGGUCUGGCUGAGUGGCCCACAGCGCGGGACGGGGCCGCAUACGUGCCUUAACCCAGCAAUGUUGAAUUCACAUGUAGAAUAGAGGUAGAUGUGUAGUGAGACAUUUGACCUGCUCGAGCAAGAUGUGUAAGUCGUAAGGCUAGCGAAUUGAAUCACAAGGCGGUGUCGCGGAUACU